CGCCUGGAGGACAAAUGGAAGCCGGAGACCCAAGGAGCCCAGUUCCCAGCCCCCUCCGCCGACCACUUCUUCUCCCUCCAGGAACGACCCGAGAGACCAGGAGUAGACUUAGUUGAACCCUUCUGCACCAUUUCAAUAGAAUUUAUUCAGCUCUGCUUAGUAAAUUCCUUCUGCAGGAAACGUUGGGACGGUCCAGCUGUACAGUGUUAAACGGCUUUUAUGAACUCAGUGUUUCAGAGCGUGCUAUUAACUAGGAGUUACAGAUAAUCUUGAUUCUCUCUCUUUGAAUUAUGGCCAAUAUUUCUGUGUUUUGCAGGAUCUUUUAUCCAGCAGAAAUGCAUCGAACAACCAGAAUCAAGAUCACUGAGCUAAAUCCCCACCUAAUGUGUGUGCUUUGUGGAGGGUACUUCAUUGAUGCCACAACCAUAAUAGAAUGUCUACAUUCCUGUCAGAUAAAACACUUCAAGAUAUCGUAUACAAAUUAGUUCCAGGGCUUUUCAAAAAUGAAAUGAAGAGAAGAAGGGAUUUUUAUGCAGCUCAUCCUUCAGCUGAUGCUGCUAAUGGCUCUAAUGAAGAUAGAGGAGAAGUUGCAGAUGAAGAGAAGAGAAUUAUAACUGAUGAUGAGAUAAUAAGCUUAUCCAUUGAAUUCUUUGACCAGAACAGAUUGGAUCGGAAAGUAAACAAAGAUAAAGAAAAGUCUAAGGAGGAGGUGAAUGAUAAAAGGUAUUUACGAUGCCCAGCAGCAAUGACUGUGAUGCACUUAAGAAAGUUUCUCAGAAGUAAAAUGGACAUACCUACUACUUUCCAGAUCGACGUCAUGUAUGAAGAAGAACCUUUAAAGGAUUACUAUACACUAAUGGACAUUGCCUACAUUUAUACCUGGAGAAGAAAUGGCCCACUUCCUUUGAAGUACAGAGUUCGACCUACUUGUAAGAGAAUGAAGAUCAGUCACCAGAGAGAUGGACUGACAAAUGCUGGAGAACUGGAAAGUGACUCUGGGAGUGACAAGGCCAACAGCCCAGCAGGAGGUAUUCCCUCCACCUCUUCUUGUUUGCCCAGCCCCAGUACUCCAGUGCAGUCUCCUCAUCCACAGUUUCCUCACAUUUCCAGCACCAUGAAUGGAACCAGCAGCAGCCCCAGCGGUAACCACCAAUCUUCCUUUGCCAGUAGACCUCGAAAAUCAUCAGUAAAUGGGUCGUCAGCAACGUCAUCUGGUUGAUUCCUGAGACUGUUAAGGAAAAAGUUUUAAACUCCUGAUUUAUAUAGAUAUCUUCAUGCCAUUACAGCUUUAUAGAUGCUAAUACAUGUGACUUAUCGUCAAGUUUGCUUUCUUUUGUAGUGACAUUAAAUUUGGCUGUAAAAGAUGGACUAGAUGUGAUACUCGUAUGGACAUUAAUUGCAAAGAAAGAUUAUUCCUAUAAAGAAUUGGAUUCUGGGAAGGCAGGCAAGAUUUUUUACUGUGUUAGGAAAGAUGUGAAAUGGUUUCUGUAACUGAUGUUUGGAUUUGGAACUACUCGGCAGUGAAUAGAAGCAUUGGGCCAUAGUUUGUUAAUCUCAACUAAUGCCUAUGUUACAUUCUCCUUGAUUGUUCUUGUUAUCAUGCUGUUUUGUGAACCUGUAGAAAACAAGUGCUUUUUAUCUUGAAAUUCAACAGAUGGAAAGAAUAAACAUAGAAUAACACAUUCUAUGUAGCCAUGUCACUGUGAAUAACGAUUUCUUGCAUAUUUAGCCAUUUUGACUCCUGUUUGAUUUCUAUUUCUUUGUUGCUGCGCAAAACCGAUCAAAGGAAAGUAAACUUCAGUUUUGCAAUCUGUAUGCCUAAAAGCGGGUACUACCGUUUAUUUUACUGACUUGUUUAAAUGAUUCGCUUUUGUAAGAAUCUGAUGGCAUUAUGCUUGUUGUACAAUGCCAUAUUGGUAUAUGACAUAACAGGAAACAGUAUUGUAUGAUAUAUUUAUAAAUACUAUAAAGAAAAUAUUGUGUUUCAUGCAUUCAGAAAUGGUUGUUAAAAUUCUCCCAACUGGUUCGACCUUUGCAGACAGACGCCCGUGCCCUAUACUGAGGGUGGCUUACCAGCAUAGGAUACUUCUACUGUCAGUAAUCGAGUUCUAAGUUCUUCUUCAUUGGAAGCAAUUGGCAAAUAACCACCAUACUGACUUCUCCAGUAAUACAUGUUUACUUUUAAAAUUGUUGCAGUAAAGAAAAACUUUGUAAGGAAUAUGGAAAUGAUGUCUUAAUUUUUCAUUGGUUAUAAUGAAAUCAAUGUGUUUUUAAAUGCCUAUUUCUCACUGCAAUUCUAAAAUUUUUAAGUAAACCAGCUAAUUUCUGGGAGAAGGCAUUUUGUCCAAAGUUAUUUUAAUAUGUGGUAUAAUAAUUUCAAAUUUAAGAGUUGUUUUAACAGUUAAUAAUGGAAUAUGCCUUCUUUGUAAUGUCUAGAAAUAGAAGCAGUUUACCAUGAGCUUCUACGGGAAUUUUUAAAUACAGCAAGUAUGUUAACUUUAAAUAUCAAUAAUCCCAAGAAUUGUCAGUUUGUGUUUUGCUUUGGUCGAACUUGGUAUGUGUUCAUCACCCAUCAGUUAUUUGUGAGGGUGUUUAUUCUGUAUGAAUAUUGUUUCAUGUUUGUAUGGGAAAUUGUAGCUAAACAUUUCAUUGUCCCCAGUCUGCAAAAGAAGCACAAUUCUAUUGCUUUGUCUUGCUUAGAGUCAUUAAAUCAUCACUUUUGCAUAUAUUGCUGUUAACUUUGGCUUUCUUUAAAAGAUUCAGUAAAUGUUUUAUGAAACCACAAAAUACAUAUAUUUUUAUUUUGACCUAAAUUUGUACAGUCUCAGUGUAAGUGUUGUUUCUAAUUAUAGAUGUAAAAUGAAAUUUCAUUUGUAAUUGGGAAAAAUCCAAUAAAAAGGAUAUUCAUUUAGAAAAUAGCUAAGAUCUUUAAUAAAAAUUUGAUAUGAAAAGCACAAUGAGCAGGAGUUUUGGAAACCUUGUAGUGAUUACAACAGGUAAAAGCUAAAGAGAAUACAUUACUGUCUUAAAUAGUGAUGUUACUAAGUACAUUGCUUUGUUGUAAAUUGCUUGAGAGCCCAUUGAAAGAUGUAUCUGUUUACAAUCUUUGAAGUAAAAAUUAACAAUGUUUGCCAA